AUGGGCUGGAAAUGGCGUGUGCUGGUCUGGAAGUUAGAGAGCAGAGAGUCUAGAGAAGAGGAUAAGGUUGAAAGCAAGACAUUGGUGGUGUCUGUAGACGGCUCUGAGGAUUGCGCAAUGGAUGGGAGAGAGGUUAGUAUGGCGGAGGAAAGGGAAGAAGGCGUGAGAGAUUUCCAGUUUGGUGGAAAGUCACAGAUGAUGCAGAGCAAAUCCACACAGACAUGGGAGAAUACGAACACUCAUCGCAGACUGAGUGGGGAUCAAACCCACAUUUUCUCACACUACGCAAAAAUCAGGGAGCAUCACAACAACCCAAAAGAACAAGUGUGCAAGUUGCUUCUGGGUACAAAGACAGACAACAACCCCAUCCAUCGUAUCUCAGCUCAUAACUUGGUGGUUUUCUCUGAAAAGGCCGAGUUCGAUCACAGAAAAACCGAGUCGCGCCGGAUCCUACAGGCUGCAGGCUGUGUAUUUGCACAUUUUUUGCUGACAGUCUGCUGUCGUCUUGCACAUCUCAGCACAUCUGUACAGCGACUCUUAUGUUUCCUGUGGUGCUUCAACAUUAAUGAUGAGCUUGUGACCUACUCUCACAUCACACCUACCCUGCUUGAGGAGCUGCUACGCUUGAGAUCAACAAAGUGUGUGACCAUGCUGGGAGCAACGAUGAUGGUUCUGACACUGAUCCCAGUGAUAGAAGGUUGCCCUACAUCUUGUGACUGCAUGGAGAAAAACAUUGUCAGCUGUUCAACGGGAGAGCUUACGGAGAUCCCACUUCUACCACCAGGAACUAAGGAACUCUAUAUUUCACACAACAAAAUCCAUUCCUUACCCAGCCAAGGACUGCAGGAGCUACAAGUUCUGGACCUCACUAAGAAUAAACUCAACACCUCCUUCUCAGACAGCUAUGUCUUCCCAGAGAUGAGAAGUUUGUCCAAGCUCUUCCUUAGGGCCAAUGGCCUAAAAGCAAUAGGUCGAGAACAGCUGUGUCACUUUCCUGAACUUACCCUCUUAGACCUCAGUGAGAACUUCAUCCAAACUCUACCCUCUGGGUUGUUCUGGGGACUGCAGCUACUUGAAACACUCAUCCUUAGCCUGAACCAGAUCCACAUUUUGCAGCGUGGCGCACUGGAGGGUGCCUUCACACUCUCUGUCCUUCACCUCAGCAGCAACAUCAUAGACGAGCUGGAGGAGGGUGUGUUUGAGAAUAUCACACAUCUGCAAAAAUUAAUUUUAUCCAAAAAUGAGCUCAGGAGUUUAAAGAAUGGUUCACUCAGAGGUGCCACGAACCUAAGUCAUUUAGACCUUAGCAGUAACAGGUUUUCCUCUGUGCCAGUGGCUGCACUAAAGGAAGUCCCACAGCUCCAAAGUCUAUACCUCCAAAAGAACUAUAUCACUAGCAUUCCCAAGGAUGCCUUCACAAACCUAGGCUCACUUCAAACCCUGGAUCUGAGCAAUAAUGUUCUUACCAUUCUAGAUGACAGAGACCUGAAAGGAUUAUUUCAGCUAGGUAUGCUGGAUUUCAGUUUCAAUCAUCUUCAGUCCCUACAUUUAAAUUCAUUCCAAGACCUGGGCAGAUUGGAGGUCUUGGACCUUUACCAUAAUGAGCUGACUUCCCUUCCAGCAGGUCUCUUUGACAACACGACAGUCCUGAAGGAGCUUCAGCUGGACAGUAACAAAAUCUCACACAUCCCCUCUAAUAUUUUCCACAGUACACCUGCACUUAAGGAGCUGCAGCUGGAUAACAAUCAUCUCUCUGUGCUGUCAGAAGAUCUUUUCUCUAAACUCAAAGCUCUCCGACGGCUGUACUUGGAUAACAAUCAGUUAUCAAGCGUUCCCAGAAACCUCUUUGCUAAAACCCAUAACCUGAGGGAGUUGCAGCUGGACCACAAUAAUAUCAGCUUUCUACCAGACAAUUUCUUCCAAGAUCUGAAUAAACUCAAGACCUUGAAACUCAACAGCAACCUCCUAUCUUUCCUGCAGCCCACUCUGUUCAUGGGCCUCAGCAGCCUGAAAGACCUUUCGCUCAACAUGAAUAAGAUAAAGAUACUGCCAGCAGGUUUGCUGAAAGACCUUCAGAAUCUUAAGGUGCUUGAUUUGGACAACAACCUCCUGUCCGUCCUGAACCCGGAUGACUUUGAGAACCUGGAAAAUCUCAAGGAGUUACAGCUGAGCUUCAACUCGCUUUCAGAACUCCAUCCAGAUGUCUUUCGUUCCCUGGUGAACCUUCAGAAGCUGUUUCUUAAUGACAAUUACUUAACCUCCAUUCCUGAAAACAUCUUUGAAAAACUUGAAAACCUCCAGGACCUUGACUUGGAUAAAAACCAGUUUAAGAAUGUACCUCCAAAGCUGUUCCAGAGCCUAAGAAAUCUCCGACAGCUCUUCUUUCAGUCCAAUCAACUUAGAGCCCUGGAGAAUGGGACGCUGGAGCCCUUAAGUUCCCUCAGGACUAUUUACUUGGAUGGCAACCCUUGGGACUGCGACUGUAGUUCUAUUCUGUACAUCAGCAGAUGGAUCCACCAACAUGGCCAGAGAGUGCAGGGUAAACCCAAAUGUUCGGCUCGCAAUAUACCUGUGGCCCAUCUUGCCCGGUCCCCCUCACUGCUCCCAAGGCAUUGCAGUGGAGCAGCUUUGCCUACCGUGGCAGUGCCAUUACUGCCAUUACUCAUAGGAACAUUCUGGGCCUCUAAUUUUUGGUUUUAAGUUUCAUGUGUGCUUCCAAUUAAAACAUUAUCUUAGUGUAUUUUAUUUCAUCUUUUGUUUGGAACAAAGUUAUUAUCAUCAUGUAUAUUAUGAAACUAUAGCAUGUUAAUGACAGUCCACGUACAGCAGGGGUUGAUGCACAUUGGCUUAUGAUGAGUAAGACCAGUACGAGUGUCUCACAGACAGAUUUCUGCUACCAGCUCGUCUAAUGUUUCAACCUAAACUGCUGUGUUUGAAAUAUACAAAAGUGUUAUUUCAACACAAGUGGGCUGUAAAAUGUCUUAUUCUGCUUCUAUAUGACAGUUCUUUUUUAUGAUUUUUUCCAAUUUUAAUUGUGCAUUGCAAUUUCCAACUUGAUUAAACUGCUUUCUUCCAUCAAAGGGUGCAGCAAAGGUAUGUCUUGAUGGAGUUUUAUUACAGAAGGCUAUUUUCAUGUAAAGUGUGGUGAAGGAAGCUGACACGGUUCUUGCUGACACAUAUGCUGAGGUGUGCGAACCAUAGAUGCCAACACUGCGGUCGGUGUUCUUGAGCAGCGCUUCGGAAACCGCAGCAACAGAGCUUUUGAAGCAUAUCGCAGAGGGGAAAAAAAAACUAUUGUGAGAAAAUGCACGUAUACACAAACAAGUAGUUCAUCUUUCAGCUAUGAAAUAAAAGUUUAUAUAAAAUAUAGAAAAAUUUAGAAUAUUUCAUUAAGAGUAUUCAU